AGAAAGAGAAAUUUCAUAGGAGUUUUGUAAAAUGUAAAAACUGCGUUUGAAAAGCAAAUGUUAUUGAUUUGGAGAGAAAGAAGAAAUCCAGAUAUUGAUACGUUGUCGUCAAUAUAUGCGACGUUUCUGUAUACGAUGAUAUUGAGAACAUCGUGCUACCUGAAAGAAAAUUCUUUCAAGAGAAAGUGUGUAAAGAAAUAAAACGAGGGAAGGAAGAAAUCCUUGAUUCUUACGAUAUGUUAUGUUGUAUGUUGUUACAAAAAGAGAGAUAGCUUUUUCGUGACCGCGACAUCCUUAUCUGCGGAUAACAGUCGUUAUGAUAAAAAUAAAACACCGCUGAUAUAUAUUGCUCCAAUCUCAAAUAAACGCGCAAUAUACAAUAUUAACACAGUAAUGUAAAUUGCGCUUCCUAUGCACUUAUGAAAACAGUGUUUAUUCAAUAUAUAUACACAUAUAUAUACACGUAUAUAAUUAAUAAUUCUUUUAAAUAUUUAUUUUACUGAUUACAUAAUAAGCUACUCUGUGUGUGUGUAUGUACCUUUUUAACACAGUGUAUGUUGGCAAUAUUCUUUCCGAUGUUUACUGUUUCUGUACCUGCUGCGAUAUUUUCGCCUGUGAUUUUUAUUAAUGCGACCAACACACCUAGCUUGGGUAUGCGUGCUGGCAGUGGGAAUAUAGGAUCGGACAGCGAGAUGAAGCUGGAGCCGUCCAGUCCAACGGAAAAGUACACCUUCUCUCGUUGUGGCAGUACGGGUUCGGUUAACACGCCUUCCUCGUCUGCUCACAAUACAGCAAUACAAUGUUCAGAAGACGAGGAUAGCGAUAACAAAAACUCCACUAUAAGCUACAAGGAGCGCAGGAGGGAGGCUCACACUCAGGCCGAGCAAAAACGACGAGAUGCCAUCAAGAAGGGUUACGACUCCCUUCAGGACUUGGUUCCGUCUUGUCAGCACACAGACUCCUCGGGCUAUAAAAUCUCCAAGGCUACGGUGCUUCAGAAGUCCAUCGAUUACAUACAGUUUCUCCUGCAGCAGAAAAAGAAGCAGGAGGAGGAGCGUAACGCGCUGAGAAAAGAAGUUGUCGCGCUACGCAUUAUGCAGGCCAAUUACGAGCAAAUUGUCAAAGCACAUCAGGCACAACCGGGACACGCGGAAAUGCGGAUUUCGGACGAGAUGAAAUUUCAAGUGUUCCAGGCAAUAAUGGAUCGUCUUUUUCAAACGUUUAGCAAUGUUUCCGUAGCCAACUUUGCGGAAUUAUCUGCUUGCGUGUUCAGUUGGCUGGAAGAGCAUUGUAAACCUCAGACUCUGCGUGAAGUGGUACUUUCUGUACUACAACAGCUCAAUAGUCAAAUCAGCUAGUCGAAUACAUCUUCGAAGAAAGUACACAUCGCACAAAGUUUCCAAAAAACUUACGAUAUAUAUUAUUUAGUCUAUCAAGAACACACAUGUUGACAUUUAGAAAUAAUGCGGAAGAUUUAAUGAAGUGAGAAAUACAAUUCUUUAUUUUUUUAUUUGAUUACUGUUCUAUUUGAUUAUUAAUCAGUGAUUAGUAACAGUUGAGUGUUUGGUAAUUGAUGCGAGAUUUUUUUUAUCAAAAUCGAAAAACUGAUUCAAAUACGAGAUAUUAGAAAUUUUUUUGUUAAAUUUUUUUACAUUGAUGCAAUAUGUGUGUGACGUUAUUGCUUUAGUUAUCAUGUACAAAUUUUGAAGGGAUUUAUAUAACAGUGUGUGUAUAUUUUAUAUACCUGUUAUGAACAAACACUAGCUUCAAGGUCUGUAAUUGACAUCCCGGUUUAACUCCUCCGGGCAGCUCUGUUGAAUUGAUACCAAUUGCCUGAUAUUUAUUUGCAAUGUAUCUGACAUCUAAAAAAUAUUUUUAAAAUCA